AUGGAUAAUAUUGAAGAGCACAAAUCCAUUGAUAUCAAUAAGUUAGCUACUUCUUUGAUAGAAGAGUUCAAAAAAUUGCAUCCCUUAUCGGAUGAAUGUUGCAUCUAUAGGGCUCCUCAGAGAAGACGUCAGUUAAAUGAAGGACUCUACACUCCAAAAGUAGUCUCCAUUGGGCCGCUUCACCAUGGUAGGGAAGAGUUAAAAGCUAUGGAAGAGUUCAAAAUAAGAUACCUACAAGAUUUUCUUCAACGAACCAAGGUAAGCAUGGAAGAGUUUCUUACUUUUAUAGAGGAUAGAGAAACAAGAUUGCGAAACUGUUAUGCAGAAACCAUUAAGUUUGGAAGUGAUGAGUUUGUAAAAAUGAUUUUAUUGGAUUCUGUGUUCCUCAUUGAGUUCUCACUGAGGAAAAGCAUCGGCGAUAAAUUGAAAAUUGGUUUUGAUCGAAUAUUUACAAAACCAUGGAUGGCCAGGACAUUAGCGGAUGACAUGUUUCUCCUGGAAAAUCAGCUUCCCCUGUUCAUUCUUGCAGAUUUGUUUGAUCUAGCCAAAAGAGAAAUGCAUAGUAACCAGCUUUAUGAGGGACUUUCGAUGAGCAAGCUUACCUUUGACCUCUGGGAAUUAAUGGCUGAAGUUCUCUUGAUAGAGGAUAAGUUGUUUGAAGAACACUUUCCAGAAGCAGAACAUUUUCUUGAUCUGAUAAGACUUUGUCUUCAGCCAUCAGAAUUAGGCAACCAAAAUGGUAAACUCAAAACUCUAUCUGUACCAACUAUAACGGAACUUCACCAGGCUGGAGUUAAGUUUAAGUUGGGGUCAAGCAAUCAUUUGUUUGACAUAAGAUUCAAAAAUGGGAUUCUGGAAAUUCCAAAAUGUACAAUAGUCGACGAAACAGAAGUUUUGAUAGCAAAUUUGCAGGACUUAGAGUUAUUGAAUGGCAGAAGCAAAAAUAUAAUUCAUUAUGUUGUAAUUAUGAAUUAUCUUGUCAACUCUCCAAAAGAUGUGGAAGUACUUGCGCAUAAAGGAAUUAUUGAAAAUGGGCUACCUGAUGGUGAACAUGUUUCAACUCUUUUUCAAAAACUUCAGAAAGAGGCCGACAUAGAUUCUGACAAUUUUUACUACUCUGGUCUUAUUGAAGAUCUAAAGGCCUACUGCAAAUCCCCAUGGCACAAUUGGAAGGCAACGUUGAAACAGAAUUACUUCAACACUCCAUGGGCCUCCAUCUCUGUCAUUGCAGCUGUUGUUCUCCUCAUUCUUACGGUCAUACAAACCGUGUUUUCCAUCAUCAACAAGUAG